GCGCCUCCACAAAGGGUGAGUCUCAGUUGCCAUUCGGACAGCCUACCAUACGGCUGGGUUUCGAAAACUCUAUGCGCGCGAGUAUAUAUGCUGAUCAGCGCGCGCGCGAGUCUCGUCGCAUACGUACGCACGAUUAGACAAGGACGAUCAGGCAUGUGUAGACUAGAACGACGUUUGCUACUUUGAAGAAUCAAGGUUGAAAACGAGGACUAAAAAGUAAAAUUUGGAAAAUUGCAAGAACAAGAAUCGAUGCAAGAUUCGGCUCGAUAUCGCUCGUCUCGUUAAUCGCGAUUCUCUCUGUUCGGAUUUGGCGAAACGUGUCCGGGACGCGUUGCCUGAACGCGUACCGCAACCGGUCAGCGCGUGUGCACCCGACCACGAUCGAUCCUCGGGGCGAUACGAUCCAGAAACGCGAUGGACGGAACCACCCUGCUUAACCAUCACAGAUAACGAAGAUCGGCCACGUUUCAUAGGAUAUUAAAUCUUUAUCGGUCACUUUGUUACGCGUCAUUUUCUUCGUGUUGGAUUUUAUUAUCGAAUAAAAAACAAAAGUAGAGAAACAGAACCUUCCUAUUACGUUCGUUUCGAGUGUGACAACCAUUAAAACCGUUUCACGAUGGUGCAGUAUCUGGACAAAAUUUUAUCGUCGAUCAAACACUUCCGACCCAAUUAUUCUCGUCUUUCUGAAAGCUCGAGAAACAACAACCACGGAUGCAUUUUCACAUUGCUCCUUCCCGUAGAUCGCUGUUUCGCGUAAAUGCAACUUUACAAAUUCAUAAUUGUCUUCGCCCGGAAGAAAAACCUCCACGCUUUCGACAUUCCAAUUUUCCCAAUUUUAAUCAUCGGAAUCAUCCUCGAAACGCUAUCCGAAGAUCCACGAUACGAGGAAGGAGAUCGCGUCGAUCCUGAAAUCGGACGAUGAAGAUGUGACCGACGAUUCCUGUCCGACUACGUCCCCCUGUUUAAGGGAUGUCCUCCUCCGCGGGCACCAGCUGCACCGACGCCGAGGAGGACGCCGAGGAUGUGGAGAACGAGGUGGCAGGUAGCGCGCAGUCGUCCAAUUACUUGCCGUCGGGUAUCCGUGAUAGCGCGCGCGAUCACCUGGAAGGACUGCGGUUAGAUGGGUCAUCGAUCGUGCGUCCGCCAGCCGAGGACACUUCCGCGAGCCCAUCGUUGUCGUGGUCGGUGCCUCGAUAAAUCCGGAUCAUCGCCCUCCUCCACCUCCUCACUCGUGCCCCCUUCUUCACCCACGACGAAGAUUCACGGCCCGACACCAGCUUCUCAUUCUUCAUCACUGGCCACAUCCACGAAGGACGCGGAGCUGGAGCACGCGACAAGCUGGAGGAGGUGUGUGAACGCUGGUCGUUGGACCAACGGAGGACCGUUCGUGUUCAGGUGACGAUAGAGACGUCUAGGUUGCAACCAGGCGGAUCCUGAACUCGCCCGAGAUUCGUCCUGGAUAAUUCGCGUUUUACCCAUUGUAUUUCUUCUUUCUUGUACUUUUCUCUUUCUUCGUUCUUUCUUUUUUUCCCCCUUCUCAUUUUUCUUUCCGUAAUCCAGUCUGAUAAUUCUGUAUUAUAUACGUACAUGUGUAUAUAUAUAUAUCUAGAGAGAGAGAGAGAGAGAGAGAAAACACUGGACAUCGCGCUAGAGAAUCGUAAAAGCUUCUGAUCGUGGUACCAGCCGUGGAAGAUCGAAGGACUCUGGCAAGUGACGAGUUCGAAGGCCCGGUUCACACUGUAGAUCGUGCGAACUAACUCGGCAAGGAUUAACGCGAAUGUGCACGGGACAAUCGGUUGACGUUUGAUAAUAGCACAGUGUGUUUGGUAAGGGAUACGGCACAGAGGUUGUUCUCGUUUGGACCAGUUCCAGGCGGAUGUGAAACCGCCGACAAGUGAUAUUACGGCCGAUACCACAAUGGUGAACUAUCCUCGGAUCAUGACAUUCAGUUAGUGAUCGUGUGCAUCCCCACGUUGUUGCGCGUGUGCAUUUGUGCAGGGUAGUAGAUAAAAGAAGAAGGAUAGAAGGAAAGAGAGGAGAAGAGGGGGGGUGAUCGAUGAAAGAAGGUUGUCGUUGUUGGACAUGAGGCGAGGAGAACAGCACGUGUUCGUCGUAGCCAGAGGCUGGACGAGAUCCUGAUAGCCGCAGCGACCAGGAUCCGGGAUCAUUCAAGGAAGAAAGGAUGCCAGGGGGGCGCAGGGGCCUGGUCGCCCCGCAAAACACAUUCCUCGAGAACAUCAUACGACGGAGCAGCAGUCAACCUGACAGCAGUUUUCUCCUGGCGAACGCUCAGAUCGUCGACUUCCCUAUUGUCUAUUGCAACGAAAGCUUUUGCAAAAUCUCUGGCUAUAAUCGUGCCGAGGUUAUGCAAAAGUCCUGCCGCUGCGGAUUCAUGUACGGGGAGUUGACGGACAAAGAGACGAUCGCCAGGAUCGAGGAAUGCCUCGAGGGCCAGAUUCACGAUCAAUUCGAGAUCCUGCUGUACAAGAAGAACAGUGCCCCACGAGGUAUGUCUAGCACAGGUUCGCAAAAGAGUGCUCGAAAAAUCCACCACGUGAACAAGAGACGACACACGUACAAGGAUCGUCGAACGAUCCCGGGACCAAGGGGCGGCCGUAAUGAGAGGACGCUAUUCGACCUCCCACCUACUCUUGAUUUCAAAACACCACUAUGGCUGCUUCUACAAAUAGCGCCAAUAAAGAACGAACGGGACCUAGUGGUCCUGUUCCUGUUGACCUUCCGGGACAUCACUGCCCUGAAGCAGCCAAUCGAGGCAGACGACAGCAAGGGUGGCCUCUCCAAAUUCGCCAAGCUCGCCAGAUCGGUCACCAGGUCGAGAUCUGUUCUUGUCUCACAAUUCAGCUCCCAUCUGCCCGCCCUCAAGGAUUCCGCGUUGCCAACCACCGCGAAGCAAUCACACUUAGCUCAUAUGAUGUCCUUAAGCGGCGACGUGAUGCCGCAGUACAGACAAGAGGCGCCAAAGACCCCGCCGCACAUUUUGUUACAUUACUGCGCGUUCAAGGCGAUUUGGGACUGGAUCAUUUUAUGUUUGACUUUUUACACGGCCAUCAUGGUGCCCUACAACGUCGCGUUCAAAAACAAAACCAGCGAGGACGUGUCCCUGCUGGUUGUCGACAGCAUCGUUGACGUCAUAUUCUUCAUCGACAUUGUCCUCAACUUUCACACCACGUUCGUUGGCCCUGGUGGCGAGGUGGUGUCUGACCCUAAGGUGAUCAGAAUGAACUACCUGAAAUCAUGGUUUAUCAUCGACCUGUUGAGCUGCCUACCGUACGACGUGUUCAACGCGUUCGAUCAUGACGAGGACGGCAUAGGAAGCCUGUUUUCAGCGUUGAAAGUGGUCCGUCUGCUCCGGCUUGGUCGGGUCGUUCGAAAACUAGACCGGUAUCUGGAGUAUGGAGCCGCGAUGCUCAUUCUACUGCUCUGUUUCUACAUGUUGGUUGCUCACUGGCUGGCCUGUGUCUGGUACGUCACUUUAAGGUACUCGAUAGGAAGGUCAGACGCCGAUAACGGAGUCCAGUAUUCCUGGCUGUGGAAGCUGGCCAACGUCACCCAGUCCCCGUACAGUUACCUGUGGACCAAUACCAGCACCGCGCCUGAAUUAGUUGCGGGACCGUCCAGGAGAACCAUGUACGUCACCGCAUUAUACUUCACGAUGACUUGCAUGACUUCGGUGGGAUUCGGCAACGUCGCCGCCGAAACCGACAACGAGAAGAUCUUUACCAUCUGCAUGAUGAUCAUUGCCGCUCUGUUAUACGCCACCAUCUUUGGUCACGUGACUACGAUAAUCCAACAGAUGACGUCCGCCACGGCCAAGUACCACGAUAUGUUGAACAACGUGAGGGAAUUCAUGAAGUUGCACGAGGUGCCGAAAGCUCUUAGCGAACGCGUGAUGGAUUAUGUGGUGAGCACUUGGGCGAUGACCAAGGGCCUAGACACUGACAAGGUACUCAACUACUGCCCUAAAGAUAUGAAGGCGGACAUUUGCGUUCACCUGAACAGGAAGGUCUUUAACGAGCAUCCUGCGUUCAGAUUGGCCUCUGACGGCUGCCUUCGCGCCCUGGCGAUGCAUUUCACCAUGUCCCAUAGCGCACCAGGUGAUUUAUUGUAUCAUACAGGCGAGUCGAUCGAUUCGUUGUGUUUCAUCGUGACUGGAAGCCUCGAGGUAAUCCAAGACGACGAAGUGGUCGCCAUUCUCGGUAAGGGUGACGUGUUCGGGGACAGCUUCUGGACAAACCCGUCCGUGGGACAGAGCGCUGCCAAUGUUCGAGCUCUGACCUAUUGCGAUCUUCACACAAUCAAGAGAGAUCGACUGUUGGAGGUGUUGGAUUUUUACCAGGCCUUCGCCAACUCGUUCGCUAGGAAUCUUGUUCUGACUUACAAUCUUAGUCAUCGGCUAAUUUUUCGGAAAGUGGCCGAUGUCCGUCGGGAAAAGGAGCUUGCCGAGAGAAGAAAGAACGAGCCACAGUUGGAUCAAGCGCAGGAUCACCUGGUGCGAAAAAUUUUUUCGAGGUUCAAGACUGACGGGGAUGCCCAGAUCGUUGGCGUGAGCAGGGCCGCGAAUGGACGGUCCCAGGAUUCUGACGAGGAGCUCACCGUGAACGUCCUGCCGCCCUGGCCCAGUUUUAGGUUCCGCAGGGAGAGACACACUGCCGACGUGGAGAAGGGUGAUGGAAAAGACGGAAAGGAGGGAAAAGAAGGCGAGUCCUCGCAUAGCAGAAAGGUUUCCAUCGCGGAUGACAACACCGUGGUGAAGGGGGGGCGAGCUGGAAAAUGGGGACGACUUUUAGGAAGCUCCAGCUUGGACUCUGGGAGCGAGACAGUAACUGGCGUGGAUACGUUCAAACGUUCUUUAAGCGCGAGAGACGCCCGUCCCAGCUCAAGUGCCGGUAGCAACAAAGUGUUUCCAAAGUUUGGCAAGUUGAGCGGCACCAUCGAGGAGGCAGGAGAUGGGGAAAGCGCGAAAGAGAGCCAACAACUGCAGCAACAGCAACAGAAUGUCGCGGACUCGAAACAACUUCAGCUUCGUCGGCUGGAAAGCUACGACGAUGGAUUGAUCACCACCCAACCGAGCCACGAUCGCGAAAUACUGGCCGCUGUUCUCGAGGUGAAGGUGGAUCUAAAGCUGGAGGUACAGCGAGUGAACCAGAGGCUGGCAAAAAUCGAGGAUAUGCUCCAAGCGUUGAUGAACAGGUUGCCCGCGGCCAGUCCGCAGCAGCAAAAGAGCACGAACAAUUUUUCGACGGGUGGUAACGGUGGUUCCUCGCAGAAUCAGUCGGGCAGCCAGCCACAGGGAGGUUCGAGCUGCCAACAAGGCUCCCAAGCUACCCAAACGUCGGGGGGGAGCGUGGAGCAGAAGGUUUCUACGUCCACCUCGACGAGCGGAGGUGAAGUUUACAGGGAGCAGGGGACAACCACUGAGAGAAUGUCGUCCAAGUCCCAGGAGCACCAUCAUCAUCAUCAUCAUCAUCAUCAAUCGCAGUCGGACAGGCUGAAGGACAGUGAUUACAAGACUUCCUCGAGGGAAGUGAGCAAAGAGUUAUUGGAAAGACUGGCUCAGGCGACUACUUCCAGAGGGGAGGACGGUACACCUCUUGGACCUUUGAUAUUGAGGAAACGGAGAAGCAAGUCGAGAAACAAGGGAGCUGCACCGUUGGCACCGUUAGCUAGUCAACCGAUCAGCCCUUCGGAAGCGACAGAGACGACGCAGAUGCUCGAGUGCACCGACGAUAGGGAACAGAGCGCCGCAACGACGGACAGAAGCGAAAGGUCCGAUAGAAAAAGGCCUCCGCCCAGGCCCAGAGAGUACUUGUGAAAGUUCUUAAGGCUCCGGGCGGUCGUCUCGAGACUGAUCUUCUUCUAGCGAGAAUCGCAGGAAGGAAUUGCCGUUUUAUGGAAUAUUUUCGUUUUAAAGAUUAGAAUUAUACGGAAUUGUAAUAAAUACGAAUUUGACAGGGUUUUGUAUGGUUCGAUAAGAUUGUCAGAUUUGAGCAACGAUGGAGAAAUAAGUAAAGAAUGUGUAUUUUCAAGGUUAUGUCGUGCGUUUAUCGAGAAAAGGGAAUGCGAGUUAUUGGAGGUAAACGCAAGUAUCGAGGAUUUGUGAUUGUUGAAAAUAAUAAGAGAAGUUUGGACAAGUGAUUGACGACAAGGAGAAUGAGUAUUUUAGCGAACUCUUUUUAACAAAAUGAGACGAGUGUACCGGUAAAGGCAUAAUUUAUCUGUAAAAUUUCACCGUGUACAUUUUAAAAACAUGCUGCAUUAUCGCUACUCGCUUCGCGUCUGGUCUUUAACGAGCAUUCGUCGGUACACGCGAAAAAUGAGCCUGACUCUGAAAAGGAAAAAAGUGAAAGUUUGAUUGAAAUAGAAAAGAGAAAAAAUAAGAAAAAAAAGGGAGAAAAGAAGAAGGAAAACGUAGGGAAAAAGGCGUUCGUGCCGAUGAAACGGUCCUGCUACUAUAACAGAACUUGGCAUAUUUUUGCAUGGCCAAAAACAAGCGAUUAAAAAAUAAAAAAAGUAUCAAAGAAAAAAGAAAAACAUAAAAAAGUAUAUCGAAUUAUAUACUGCUUGCGACGGCUUCUUCGAGACAUCGAAACGUUAUAAACGAGAGGAUGAAAAACUAACAUUCAAAAUACUCACGUUGUAACAUGUAACGUUAACACACACUGUAAUCGUAGGUUUACACGCAUCUUUAGGGGAUCUCAGCUAGAUUCGUGAUUGAGCGCGAUAGAUUUUAAGUAACAUUAACAACCAACAACAACAACAACAACAACAACAAAAGAAAACAAGAAGUAAAAUUUAAAAAAAAACAAACGAAAGGAAAAAAGUGUGUGAAGAUAAAUAAUAAAGGAAAAAUAAUUUGGAAAGGGAACAACAGAUGUCGUCAGAGAAGCGACGGAGAAAGUGAAAAUGAGGUUAGGUGAAAACUAAAAAUUAAUUCUCGAUCAGUUUUCGAUUCGUUCUAUUGAAAAAAAUAAUUUUUUGACAAACGUUCCAAUUCUCUAACGAACAACGAUUUCAGCGAAAUUCUAUAAUUGCCCGAAACGUUUAGAAUUUGUCGGUUAAGCAGUAAAUGUAAAAAAAUUUUGAAAAAUCGAUCGAGGAUAUUGGAAAGGGAAUCGCAAGGCAAUUAUCGCGUUUUAAUUUUUCAAUUUUUAAAUAAUCGAACUCCGUCGCUCGAUGAAAAUACGUUUUUUUAUCAUUGCUUCGCUAUCGCUACAUCAUGUUCUUCCUUUUUUCAUAAUUUUUUUUAUCUUUAUUUUUUUUUGUUUUUUUUUUUGCCUAUUUCUUAUAACUUCGCAAAAAAGGAAUUGGCGAGCGCGUAAACGUUGAUCGAUGGUUUUUUUCAAUAGUUCAGUCUUAUUGUAAACUAUGUGUGCUUGUGUGUAUUUAUGAACGCGUGUGUGUGUAUGUAUAUGCGUGUGCAUACGUGACCAAAAUCGGUUAUGAGUAUGUAAAUUUUUUGAGAAAAUUCGUUGCAGUGAACCUUGGGAGAACUAUUACGACUUUUAUUGAUUAUUGAUUUUAUACUGGCUGUGCUUGCUUAAGUUUUAAAUUAAAUUAUUUUUAUUUUUAGACUGUUCAUUGCCUUUUUUUUUAUAUUAUUAAUAUAAAAUAUAAAUAUAAAUAAUAAAUAUAAUAAUAUAAAAGAUAAUAUAAGAGAUAUAAAAUUGAUCUAUUUUAUUUUUCCUUUUUUUUUUUGUAUAGAUUUAUUUAAAAACUGAUAUCAAAAGUGCUCCUAUGGUCCACACUCUCGUAUCACAUUUUGUAAGUUUCCCGUCAGAAAGUAUUCUCAUUGCUCUUUUGAGAAGAUCUCGUUUGUAAAACGAUUCGUGGACCAUCAUCCUCUUAAACGUCUUGAAGAAAAUAUUAUCGUGUUAUUCAAAGAUAAAGCUGUGUAAUGGGGAAGAAUUCAAAGUAUAAUCGAAAAAAAAAAAAAAGAAGAAGAAGAAAAGGAAAAAGUUCUCGUAGGUGCCUAGAAGCUACCGGAAAAAAGUCAUCCUUAUUUUUUUAAGCCUAUUGAACGUUAUUGUUCCUCCUCGUUGCCUCAGCUUUAUCGAUCGACGCGUUAAAACGAAAAGAAGAAGAAAUAAAUAAACGAGAUAAAAUCCAAAACAAAGACGUUUCAUUUGAUAAUGGUUCUCGAAAUAAUUCCGAGACGCGACGAUGAUAUAAACAAUUAUAAAUUGUUGAAAGUCAAUUCGGCCACGCCUCGAAUGGCUGCAUUCUUGUGCGACAAAUACACGACAAUUAAAUAUUAAAAAAAAAAAAAGAAAAAAAAAAGUAAAAAUUCUGCUCGCAUUUUGACCGAAUUCGAAGUAUGCAGCUUUUUGUGACGGUGAAGACGUGAAACCAUUAUGAAAACUUAAAAAGAUUCCGUACAGUUUGUUACAUUGCAGAACAUGACCUAAUCCCGCGUUCACAUGGCAUUCACGAAAGCCAAACAGCAAUAUUAGGUGUAUAUAUAUAUAUAUAUCUUGUAACUACGCGACGUGUAUAUAUAUUCGUACAUACAUAUAUAUAUAUAUAUAUAAAAUAUAUACAUAGAAGCAAGGAUGAAAAGUGACGCGUGAUUCGUGUCAACGCGUUUGCAACGAGAAAAAAGAGAGAAAAAAAAAAAAAAAAUAAAAAUAGAAAAAGAAUUAGCAUGCUAUUUAUGUCUCUUUUCGGUUUAAUUCUUUCUCGGUUUUCGGCGCAGCGUUCGGCGCAUCUCGAACAAAAUUUCCACUCGAGCGAACAAUAAUAUUCACGUCCACGUACACGCAUACACAAACGGACAAACAGAUCGACAAAAAACAGUUUAUAUCCGUGGUCAUGGCAAAACCUGAUAUGUCACUUUUUUCAUAUUGAAAUUGAGAUAUAUGCUUUUUCACGUAUCAUUAUUUUGCAAAAAAAUAUGAUCUCUUUGUGGUUUAAAAAAAAUAGAACAAGAAGGACAGAUUGUAUUUUUUUUUAAACGUAACAACUUUUUAUAAUCAUGUUGCAAAAAUUAAAAAAUAAAAUAUAAUAGAUAUCAAAUUUUACAGUUUGAUCACAGAUAUAAAAUACAUAUAUAUAUAUAUAUAUAUAUGUUAUAUUUCUGUUGCUGUCGCUUCGAGAAAGAACUAUGAAUAAAAUACACAAUUUAUGAAGGACAAUCAAAGAUGGAAAGUACUGAUCUCAUGAAUAGAAAAAAAUCGCGAUUAAUCGAAUAAGCCUCUGAAUAAAAUAUAUAUAUAUAUUUCGUUAGCUUAAGCCGACAUAUCUAGACGAACUGAUGCGAGAAGAGCUUUUAAUAUUAUUAAUAUUGUUUAUCCAAGCCGCGAUUCCCCUCAUGUACAUUAAACAUGAAACGGAAUCUCGACGAUCCAAAGCAAACACGGCUGAUCUAGGCAAAACGCGUUUACCUUUCUUUACUUCUAUCGAUUCGUAACAGAAAAAAAAAAAAAAUUAUAAAUUUUGCAAAUUAAACCGAAUCAAAAAAAUCGCUUUUUUUAAUCGUUAUUGAAAUAAAUAAAUAAAUAAUAUCCACACUUCACGCGAUGCACUUUAAAUUUGAGGGAUUAAUAGAAGGGCAAUAUGGAUUAAACGGAAUUACGGAUCGUCGAGACCGAGUAUAUCCGCGACGAUUCGAAGUGAAAAUAAAUGAAGAAAAAAAAAAAAACGAAGGGAACAUGGGCAAACGCGCUGACAGGGAUAUCUAUGCGUGUAAAUAUUAUACAUAUUAAAUAGAGCUGACUAAAAAAAAAAAAAAAUGAAAGAGAGUAUGUAAGAGUAUGUCUGUGUAUUUGUGUAUGCGUGAAAAAUGAAAAGACGAAAAGAGAGCGUACAAGAAAGAUGCAGAAAUAGUUCUAAUUUCACGAUGCUAUCGAGAAGAAAGCAAAAGAUAUAUGAAAAAAAAAAAAAAAUUAUCGAACAGUUACGAGAGGAUAUUGUUAAUUAGAUUUUAGCGGCGGUGACGAUAUAGCUGGCUCUAUCGUAGUUUCUAUACACUUUAAAACGAAUGUGAAAGUUUAACAUGCUGUUGAAACGUUUGCGACAGGUGACGCGCGUCGAUCGAAGAUUAUCGUCGGGAACGAUGCGUUUUGCUUCUUUUCAACGUUGUUUGUCCGGUCGAUCGACCCGCGAUUCCGAGCCAUACUCGUUAUAUUUGUUGUAUUCGCGGCCAUUGAUCUCGGAAAAAAAAAUCUUAUUUUUUUGUUUUCCUAAAAAAAAGAAAAAAAGGAAAAAAAAUUAAUCAGAAAUUCAAAUUUUAAUAUCGAAUAUUGGAAUCGUGGAAAGAUUUGCUUGCUCUUGUUCACUAACCGGAAGCUUGUUUUUCUCGCGCACGUGUCCUCGUCCCCCUCGUGGAACGACUCCAUUGGUGAUUAUAUAAGUCGAUCGUUAAAGAUUCGAUAAACCGUUGCAUCGAAAAUAUCGAAGACUGACGACAUUCAACCUCCUCGAAAAACCAUAUCGGUUUCAUUACAUUCCUCGAUUUACAUUCCAUUUUCCAAACGGUGUUCCGUAAGAUCCGAGAAACAUUCCAGGAGAGCAUUUGCAACAAAUCAAGUUUUGAAACGAUGAAACUCGAACGAAAUUGAUUACGUCACGAAACAUCGAGAUGGACGAAUCGACUUAUUGGUCCGCUAUAUUGGAGUCGCGUGGAUCGAUCCGCGUCUCUAACAAUCGCGACAGCGCUUUUCUCCAACACGUUUGUUUCCAAUGCAUGCACGAGCGUCUUGAUCGAUUUAUCGAUACAGAAUCGAAAAGAAUCGAAAAUGGCGGAGAUAGAGAAAUGCGAUUGAUGUCGUGUCAAAACGCCGACAAAGCGGGUCAUUGUCGGAUGUGAUGCUGCGAGAACGGACAACGCGAUAAAAGAAGAUAUGAUAAACAUGUGAUAUUACGAUUUUUUAUAUAUCAGCUACUUUGCAAUAACGGAUUAUCGCCGUGCUCGAGUAGAGAGCGUCGCGACACGGGUCGUUGUCGUCGUCGUCGUCGUCGUCGUCGUCGACUUUUAUUCGUCAACGACGCGUUUACGCACUCGUAACGUUACCGCGUCUUUAUUUCUUUGUGAAACUUUCGCUCCUUCGUUUCGUGAAAAAAACGUAAAGUAGAUUUUUCCGAUUUCGAAAGAAACGAAACAAGCGGAAGCCAUUUUUGCUCUGAAAUCAAUCUCUUAAUCUUUUUUUCUAAAAUUAAAAUUAAAAAAAAAACGAUGCAAGCGAGAAUACAUCUUUUUUGUUGAAAAAGAAAGUUAAAAAAAGAAAAGGAAAGAAAAAUUACGACGACGACUAUGAUCGUAGCGACGAUCGAAGAAGCCGUGAUCGAAAUUUUUGUGAAAAUGAUUAAGAGAGUCUAUAUAAUAGCUAUCCGGCGAAAAACAAAGAAAUAAAGAAAUAUAUAUAUAUAUAUUAUGAUUAUUAAUAUAAUCAUUAUUAUGAUUAUUAGAACAAAAGAAAGAUGAGGGGGGUAAAAACAUUUUUGCUAUAACACUUCGUCCAUUUUUCUAUAUGGGCAAUUCGUUGCACUGUAAUCAAGUCCUCGGCCUUGUAAAUUCUGUCCUUGUUAUUUCCGGAAAUUACUCUUUGAUGAUCGAACGCCACAAAGAAUCGAUCAAAUUUGUUCUUACAUUUUGAAAAAAAUUUUAUUUGCAAAUUGAUGAAUUUCUAUAUUUUAUCUUAAUUUUAAAUAAUACAAUAACGAACAUAACCUUUCUUGACCAUUAUGGAAUAAAACUUUCUUUCUUUUAUAUCGAAUUUGUUUACCGUUGUCUUGUAUUAAUAUUAAAAUAUCAAUGAUUAAUUUAUUAAAUUUAUAAUCAUUAAAAAAAAAUUAUAUAAAAAUACGAUAUGAUACGAUCGAUCUUCGUGGUGAUAGAGAAUCGAUGGCAGUCGAGCUGUUUGCCAACUCUCGUGAAAAUCCGAUCGUGCGAUCUCGACGCGAGCCAGAAACGAAAUGCGACAAACGAAUGGUCCUACACGAACGCUCCUCGCCGCGUUCACGUUCUUGUUGUUGUUUUCAAUUCGAGCGAUCGUCGACGCUCGAACACACGACGAGAUAUUUCCUUGAAUUUCGAUCGACAAAACCUCGAGAAGACAUCGAAUGAAAAUUAAAAACUAUACAUUCGAAAAAAAUGGCUUAUGAUUGUAAUGAUUCUUCGAUUCGAUCGUAUCUCGCUGGAAUAAUCUCGAAAUCUUCUAUUGACGAAUCCAAUAAAUUGUGUAAAUAUCGAUUUUCUUGAAUCAAUAAUUGAUUCUAAUCAAGAUUAUUUAAAGGAUACUUUCUAUCGAUCUUUGAAACAUUUUCUAAACUAUAACAUUAUCUGUGGUUCUUCCCUAUAAAAUAUGUAAAUAACAUAAAAUUCAUAUAUAGAUUCUCAUAUAUAUAUAUAUAGUAGAUAAUGAUAACUUUUAAAGAAAAAAAACGAUAAAUUUUAUGAUUAAAUGAUAUUCGAACGAUGUCAGUGAAUAAUGAUCGAAUCGAAGUGUCAACGUUGAGGUUAUAUUUAAAUGUCUAAGGAUUUUUUCGUUUCGCGAACGAAUAGAAUUAAGUAUUAACCAUAAAGACUAAUCGAAACUUCGAAUCUCCCACGAUCUUACGUUCACUAGUCUUCCCAAUUUUAUUUUGCGAAGCAUGGAACGUUCGAAUGGAUUGUAAAACAGCGAUAGAUCAAGGAGUCGAGGUUCACGAAUCGGCGUCAACGACCGCUCAAAAAAAAAACCACCGAAACAAAAAAUAAAAAAAAAAAAAAGAAAACAGAAAAAAAACAUAAAAUAAAAGAUGAAAAAUUGUAUCGUCGAGAGAUCAAAUUGUAGCAUCGAACGAAGCCUGGCUAGAAUACUCAAAAGAAAGCUGCUUUCGAACUUAUAAUAAAAAAAAGAUUAAAACUUGAA